AUGGCUACCAAGCGGCCACACUCGGCCAUGAAUGCGCAGGCCGAAGACGAGGACCCGAUAGAUCCUUCGGACGAAUUGAUGUUUCUUGCGCUUGGUGGUGGCAACGAGGUGGGCAGAUCAUGCCAUAUCAUACAGUACAAGGGCAAGACCGUCAUGCUGGAUGCGGGCAUCCAUCCGUCCUACGAAGGGCUCGGUGCCUUACCUUUCUACGAUGAGUUUGAUCUGAGCACGGUGGAUCUACUCUUAAUAACACACUUCCAUCAAGACCACUCAGCGUCUUUGCCAUACGUCCUAUCAAAGACCAAUUUUGCCGGCAGAGUUUACAUGACACAUCCCACAAAAGCCAUCUACAAGUGGACCACGCAAGAUGCCGUCCGAGUGCAUAAUACGCACACGCCCGCGUCAUCCUCGUCCGGGACGGACGGUUAUGUCAGCCAGCUGUACACCGAGCAAGACAUUCUCUCGACAAUGCCUAUGAUUCAGACCAUCUCCUUCCACACUACACAUUCGCACAACGGCAUUCGCUUCACGCCAUAUCCUGCUGGCCAUGUGCUUGGAGCGUGUAUGUACCUUAUCGAGAUCGCUGGACUCAACAUCUUGUUCACCGGCGACUACUCGAGAGAGACUGAUCGGCAUUUGAUUCCAGCUACUGUUCCUCGCAACGUCAAGGUGGACUGUCUGAUCACCGAGUCCACAUUCGGAAUCAGUACGCGGACUCCCCGGCAAGAGCGAGAGAAUGCUCUCAUCAAGUCCAUCACAACAAUUCUCAAUCGUGGAGGAAGAGUGUUGAUGCCCACUACCGCUGUCGGCAAUACGCAAGAGCUGCUUCUCAUCCUAGAAGAUUACUGGCAGCGGCACGAGGAAUACCGGAAAUUCCCCAUCUAUUAUGCUUCUGGUCUCGCGCGUAAGGUCAUGGUAGUUUACCAAACCUAUGUGGACGACAUGAACGACACUAUCAAGGCCAAGUUCCAAGCCAGUGCUGUCGGUCAGUCAGUCGGAGAAGGUGGAACAGCAGGUCCCUGGGACUUCCAGUUCGUGCGAGCCCUGAAAGGCAUCGACCGUUUCGAGGAUGUUGGAGGGAGUGUUGUGCUUGCAUCUCCAGGUAUGCUCCAGAACGGUCCUUCACGGGCACUGCUCGAGAGAUGGGCGCCAGAGGCGAAAAAUGGCGUUGUCAUCACUGGCUACAGUGUUGAGGGGACCAUGGCAAAGACCAUUCUCAUGGAGCCCGACGAGAUUCCUGCAGUAACGCAGAAUAGAUCUGCUAAUAUACCAAGCAUGGGAAAACGUGGUGGCGUAGAAGGAGAAAAGCAGAUGAUCAAGCGACGAUGCACCGUGCAGGAGUUUAACUUCGCUGUCCACGUUGAUGGUCAAGAGAAUCGAGAGUUCAUCGAGGAGGUCGGCGCACCAGUCGUCAUCCUCGUGCAUGGCGAGAAGCACAACAUGAAUCGAUUGAAGAGCAGACUUCUUGGAAUUGGCAGAAUGAAAGUCUACUCACCUGCGAAUUGCGAGGAGGUCCGCAUACCCUUCAGGCAAGAAAAAGUAGCAAGAGUCGUGGGUCGCUUGGCAAGUCAAAUCCAGCCACCAACGCUACUGCCGAAGCACGACUCCUCACUGGGACAACUUGUCUCGGGCGUGCUGGUCCAAAAUGACUUCAAGCUAUCUCUCAUGGCACCAGAAGACCUCAAAGAAUAUGCCGGAUUGGCAACAACCACGCUGGUCUGCCGACAGCACAUAACGCUCGGAUCUGCCUCUCCAGAUCUCAUCAAGUGGGCGUUAGAAGGCACAUUUGGAAGCAUUACAACAAUCACGCCUGACUCGAAUGGUAGUAAGGCAGAGACAAAUGGCAGUGACGAAGCCGCUGAGGAAGAAGUUAAAGCACAUGAGCACACAAUCUUCGAGAUCAUGGGAGGCGCCGUACGAGUCAUCUGCAAAGAGCAGGGUCGGACGGAACUUGAAUGGGAGGGCAACGCUACCAAUGAUGCAAUCGCUGACGCGGUGCUGGCUGUGUUGAUGACUGUCGAGACUUCGCCAGCGGCUAUCAAGCACAGCAGCAAGCUACACUCGCAUUCGCACGAGGAGGAUGCCAAGGUUUACGACGGCUUUGGUGAUAGCCCGAGCGUGGAGAAGAAAGCCAGCAGCUCCUUUCCGAGACGCAAUCCGCAUGCAAACAUCACAUCAGAAGAUCGUUUGAAUCGGCUUUUCAUGUUCUUGGAAGCUCAAUUUGGCGAGGAGUCCAUCACGCCCGUCGCUAGGCCAAAGCUGCCCGCUAUUGAGCCGACCUCGAAUGGAGAGGUGCAUGCGGAGGAGGCCAAGGAAGUGGAUACGGUGGACAUUGAGAAGAAAGAAGCGAAUGAGCUGGCGCGUUUGCAUGGCUUGGGCAUACCUGUUCCAGGACUGGAAAUCAAGGUCGACAAGAGCGUCGCUAAAGUGUGGCUGGAGAAGCUAGAGGUGGAAUGUGCGAAUAAGACUUUUGGGGACCGGGUGAGAGCUGUGGUCGAGAGGGCGGUGGAGACUAUUGCGCCCAUCUGGCAGUAG